GCCCGGGGGCCGGGUGGGGCGGUAUGGGAGCUCCCCACAGAGAAGGCCCUCACUGGGGCCGGCCCGACCCGGCAGGUCCAGGGUAUUGGCUGUUCCCGCGGCCGUUGGCGCGGGGCGGGGGAGGGAGGGCCGCGGGGUUGGCUCCCCACCCCUCUGCCUUGGCCCCGCCGUGGACGGCGACGCCGACCCGAGACGUCCUGGGCUAGCCCUUCGCUGGGCGGGUCGGGCUGGACCCGGGCCGAAGGUGCCGGUCGGUGGUCCUGAGCCUGCUGUCCUGGGGCGCCGGGCUCGACCCCCGGCAGGGAGACAGCAUUCACACGCUCACUGAAGGAACAUGAUUUGUGCUUGUAGCCUGAGCCCUUGUGAAGCCGGCAAUGACAAGUCUGAACGGUCGCCAUGCUGAGAAAACCAUUGACAUGCCAAAACCAUCAGUCCCCAAAGUGCAUGUGCAGAGGUCCGUGUCCCGAGACACCAUCGCCAUUCACUUCUCGGUAUCUGGGGAGGAGGAGGAGGAAGAAGAGGAGGAGUUCAGGGAGUACUUUGAGGAGGGGCUGGACGACCAAAGCAUUGUAACAGGGCUUGAAGCCAAGGAAGACCUCUAUUUUGAACCCCAGGGCAGCCAUGACCCCACAGGCCCUGCUGCCUCAUCCAUCCUGGCAGAUGGACUGUCUGUGUCACAGGCCCCUGCCAUUUUGUCCAUGUCUGAAAACACUGUAAAACUGCUGGAGUCCAUUCCUUCGGCAGCACAAGUAUUAAGUACAGUGCCACUGGCUCUGACCCCAGGGUCAUCUUCCAGGCCCUUAGCUAGCUCUCCCAGUGUGUCAUCCCUUUCUGAGCAGAAAACCAGUUCUUCCUCCCCAUUGUCCUCUCCUUCCAAGUCUCCUGUCCUCUCAUCCAGUGCCUCAUCCUCCACCCUUUCCAGUGCAAAGCCCUUCAUGAGCCUGGUGAAGUCCCUGUCAACUGAGGUGGAGCCAAAAGAGUCCCCACAACCCCCUAGACACAGGCACUUGAUGAAGACAUUAGUCAAAUCUCUGUCUACAGACACUUCUAGACAGGAGUCGGACACUGUGUCCUAUAAACCACCUGACUCCAAAUUGAACUUACACCUGUUCAAGCAGUUCACGCAGCCUCGAAACACAGGUGGAGAUUCCAAAACUGCACCUUCUUCCCCGCUGACUUCUCCCUCCGAUACUCGCUCCUUUUUUAAAGUGCCCGAAAUGGAGGCGAAAAUCGAAGACACUAAACGACGCCUUUCAGAAGUCAUAUAUGAGCCUUUUCAGCUCCUUAGUAAAAUUAUUGGGGAAGAAAGUGGCAGCCAUAGGCCCAAAGCCUUAUCUUCAAGUGCUUCAGAACUCUCCAACUUGUCUAGCUUGAACGGGCAUUUGGAAAGCAAUAACAACUACAGCAUCAAGGAGGAGGAGUGUGACUCCGAGGGGGAUGGCUACAACAGCGAUUCCAAUGUUCCCAAGAGUGACCACUCAAAGUCCACUGAAGAGCCUGCGAGAGAAGUGGAACUGAAAGGCUCCCAGUCAAGCAGUCUGAAAGAUUUAGGUCUGAAGACAAGUUCUCUUGUUCUUGAGAAGUGUUCUUUGUCUGCCUUAGCGAGCAAAGAGGAUGAAGAGUUCUGUGAACUGUACACUGAGGACUUCGACCUGGAAGCUGAGAGUGAGGCAAGAGUUGAUAAGCCUCCAGAUGUCCCUGUCAAGCCAGAGGUGCUCGAGGAUGGUGGCAUGGUUCUGGACAGUGAGGACGAGGCGGACUUAGCCACCCAGCACACAGAAUUACCCGUGAAGACGUUGGGCUUCUUUAUAAUGUGUGUCUAUGCUUACCUCAUCCUGCCCCUCCCCUACUACAUGAGUGGACUCUUUCUGGGAAUUGGCCUUGGAUUCAUGACUGCAGUUUGCAUGAUUUGGUUUUUUACAUCACCAAGUGCUCAUAUAUAUCAUAAGUCACAUAAAACCCUGCGCCUCUGGAACACGAGAUCUCUGGACAUCAAAGAACCUGAAAUACUAAAGGGAUGGAUGAAUGAGAUUUCCAACUAUGAUCCUGAAACUUACCAUGCCACUUUGACACAUUCAGUCUUCAUUCGGCUUGAGGGCGGAACCUUAAGACUUUCAAAGCCCAAUAAAAAUGUGUCCAGGAGGGCGAGCUACAAUGAAACAAAGCCAGAGGUCAUCUAUAUCAGCCAGAAAAUCUACGACCUCACUGACAGCAAGAUUUAUCUUGUGCCUAAAAGUUUGGCUCGCAAACGAAUCUGGAAUAAAAAGUACCCCAUUUGUAUCGAGCUUGGUCAGCAAGAUGACUUUAUGUCUAAGGCUCAGACUGAUAAGGAGACUUCUGAGGAGAAGCCACCAGCCGAGAGAGAGCUGGGAAGUGAGGACCCUAAGAAGCCACUCCACUCUCAAGAGGGAGCAAGAUCUGGCCAGCGAGAUCAGAUACUGUAUCUGUUUGGGAGAACUGGCCGAGAAAAAGAGGAGUGGUUUAGGAGAUUUGUUCUAGCAUCUAAACUGAAGUCAGACCUCAAGAAGCCACCUGGAGUCUCCGGAGGUAAACCAGGGCUUUUGCCCACCCACAGCAGACACAGCAGCCCUUCCGGGCACCUGACCCACAGCCGAAGCAGCAGCAAAGGCAGCAUGGAAGAGAUCAUGUCCCAGCCGAAGCAGAAGGAGCUGGUAGGCAGUGUGCGGCAGAAGAUGCUUCUAGACUACAGUGUGUAUAUGGGCAGAUGUGUGCCCCAGGAAAGCCGAAGCCCCCACAGGAGCCCUGUGCAGAGCACAGAGAGCAGCCCCACAGCUGGGAAAAAGUUCCCAGAGGCUCCACCCUCUGAGGAGGAAGAACAGGAAGCCUGGGUGAAUGCGUUACUUGGAAGAAUAUUUUGGGACUUCUUAGGCGAGAAAUACUGGUCUGAUCUGGUGUCUAAGAAAAUCCAGAUGAAACUCAGCAAAAUAAAGCUCCCCUACUUUAUGAAUGAGCUAACUCUGACGGAACUUGACAUGGGGGUGGCUGUGCCAAAAAUCCUUCAGGCCUUCAAGCCUUAUGUUGAUCAUCAAGGACUCUGGAUCAAUUUGGAAAUGUCCUACAAUGGGUCCUUUCUGAUGACUCUCGAGACCAAAAUGAAUUUGACCAAACUAGGUAAAGAGCCUCUUGUUGAAGCCCUGAAGGUUGGAGAAAUUGGCAAAGAAGGUUGCAGGCCCAGGGCCUACUGUCUGGCUGACAGUGAUGAGGAAUCCUCCAGUGCUGGCUCAUCUGAGGAAGACGAUGCACCAGAGCCCAGUGCCGGAGACAAACCACUGCUCCCAGGAGCCGAGGGGUAUGUUGGAGGUCAUCGAACAAGUAAAAUUAUGAGAUUUGUUGAUAAAAUUACCAAGUCAAAAUAUUUCCAAAAAGCAGCAGAGACAGAGUUCAUUAAAAAGAAGAUUGAAGAAGUGUCCAAUACACCCCUGCUGCUAACUGUUGAAGUACAAGAAUGUCGAGGAACCUUGGCAGUCAACAUUCCACCACCCCCAACUGACCGAAUCUGGUAUGGUUUCCGGAAGCCACCAUAUGUGGAGCUGAAAGCUCGGCCAAAACUUGGAGAGAGAGAAGUGACUUUAGUUCACGUGACAGACUGGAUAGAAAAGAAACUGGAGCAAGAGUUUCAGAAAGUUUUUGUCAUGCCAAAUAUGGAUGAUGUUUAUAUCCCUAUAAUGCACUCAGCCAUGGACCCUCGCUCUACUUCCUGCCUCCUGAAAGACCCAUCUUUGGAGGCUACUGACCAGCUGUGAGGGGUGAAGACGGGAUGUUCCCAGUAUUAUGAGACCUAGCUUGAGGUGUGGAGUUCAUGGCUGCCAUCUGUGUGGUGGCACUGGCCUUUACUUGUGCCACAGCCACUGUCUCUUAAGACUGCUUCUGCCCCCUGCCUGCCGGUGUCCAUUCCACUGUGAGGUGUCAUUCCCUGCAUCCAAUGACAGGUGUCUGGAUUGUCUGCUACAAAGCUUUGACCGGCAAAGGAGACUGCAAGAAUCAUACCGGUGGAGCCAAAAGUUACAAGUGACUUAUACCAUGACUUUUUUAAGUCUACCAGUUUUUGUGGCAGCAGAUGAGCACAUUCAGAGCAAAGCUGUACAACUGGAAAGCUUCCGCCUUGCCUCCUCCACUCCUCCAAUGCUUUUCCUCAGGCAGCUGGUGCACAAUGGAACAUUUUUUCACUCUAUACUUUGUACAUGAUUGCAGCCCUCCACACUCUGAAAAUGUCAAUGUGGUAAUGUGUGUGGAGGUGGAAUUUUGUGAGCCAUUUCAUUGGUGGUAAAAAGAUAGGAAUAGUAACUUUUUUUCAUAUUAAAUUGUGCAUUUUGGAAGCAAGUAGCCAUAGAACACACACAUACACUAACACACUUUCAGCUGGGGUGGGGACAGUGGGAUUUAUGUGAACAUUAAGCAAAGCCAUGAGAUCAAACCAUCCCUUUUACCAGUGAGGUACAAUCACCUUGCCUCUAAUUAAUCCUGAUUUUUUUCUUAAGAUAUAUGUGGCAUCAAACACUGCAUACAAUGACCGAUUGUUCCUCCCUGGUAGGGCCAGAAAGCCAGGGCCAAAAUCUUACCAUUUGACAUCUCUUGAGCACUCCUGGAAGCUACAUAUGGGAAUCUGAAUACUUUGUUAAUCUACUUGGUUUGGAAUCAUUUUGUGGGCAGUUUUACUUUGUUAAUCUACUUGGUUUGGAAUCAUUUUGUGGGCAGUUUUUUGUUCUGAAAGCCAAAACAGAGAACUGCUCUCUAUUUCAAGACCAAAAGUUUGUUCAACAUCAAACACUACAUAUUUCAAAAUAAGACACAUGACUUUUUUUUUAAAUGUUGCCAAUUUAAUUUUGUGCAUUUGUGUCAGAAUGUUUAGUUUACAAGUUUGGGGCUAAUUGUAUAAUUUACUUUUGGAAGUAAAAUUGAUACAAAAUUUUAUUGUUUAAAGCUGCAUUCAAUGUCAAAAUUACCUUGGGUAACUUUCGAUAACAUCUGUGGACAAAGCUAAUAGUGGUUUCUUAAACAGCACCUUCCUUGCCUGAACAUAACUUUAAAGAAAUUAAUAUAUUGAAAAGAUAUAUUUGAACCCUUAUUUGAUUAAUUGCAUCAUUAAAACAUUUGACUUAAAUUAUUUGACCAUUCCAGUCAGUAUUUUGUUCUAAUUUCUCACCAUGUAGGCAGAUUUGUCUGUCAGAGCUCACGUCUUAUUCACUGGUCUUUAACAAUCUUUGUGCAAUAACUUUGUGCAAAGGACUAGAUGCACUACUGUGAAGAAAUUGCACGCCUGUACACUAUUGCACUUAAUCGAACAGUAUGUGGGGACUUACAAUCACUUGCAUUGUUUCACAAAAUAAAUCUCAUGUCAAACACUAGAUAAGCAUCUAAGUUAUUUCUAGUAAAUCAUUUAGACAGGAUCAGGAUAAACAGUGAAUGCAGGCCACAUGGGCCUGCCCUCUUCUGGCAUGAGCAGCUUUCAUUUACUGGGUGGUCACUGUGGACCAAUCCUUAUGUCAAGACAAAAUUACAAAAUAAUUGGACCUAAUUGGGCUUGUGACUGAGGCAGCUUCCAUUCUACAAAAAACAGAGUUCCACCUGCUUGUUACAAGGUUAGAAACGGAAAACAGGCUGGCAUCAGGUUACUUUUCGGAAAGGUUAAAGCAGAGAGGACUUUAUUGUGCUGACUCAGGAAAUUCAGGAAAAACUGGUGUUUUGAGAUCUGCUUCCCUGAUGCUUCAAUUCCAUUAUGUCGCAGUUAAGAUGAGUGAUUAUUUUGGUAUGCUGUCCAAAGCAAUUGCCUCCCAUGCAGGUCUCACCACACCAUGAGGAAAGUGCCAUUUUCCUCCUUAGUCCAUGGUCUGAGUUAAAAGAGUUCAUUUUAGGAGCCAGGGCAGUUGUGCUCCAGAACCUAGUAAUCCUGUUAAUUUGGGGCCUUCAG